AUGUAUCUCUAUCAUCUUCUCACUUUAACCCUCUCUACCCUGAGUGCCGUCACAGCCAUACCAACUGCCCAAAGCGCAGCAGCAGCAGCCAAACCUCCAGCCUUCUUCCUCGCGGGCGACUCCACCACUGCCAUCAAUGGCGGCUGGGGCAAUGGAUUCCUAACAACCUUGAAGAGCCCAGCCUGGGGCGUCAAUAUCGGCAAGAGUGGCGCGACUACCAAUUCUUUCGUCGCCGGUGGGUACUGGAAGAACGUCAUGACGCAUGUCAAGGAUAAUGUGGAUGAGUUUGACUGUUAUGUGACUAUUAGUUUCGGCCACAAUGACCAAAAAGAAGCCAGCGGAAUCUCCCUCGCCCAAUUCCAACAGAACCUCGUCAACUUUGCCAACGAGGUCAAAGGGCUGGGUGCGAAACCUCUCCUGGUCUCUUCCCUCACCCGGCGCGUCUUCCCUAGCGGCCAAGACCACAACGCCACAGACUCUCUACAUGACCAGCGGCUCGCGGCCAUCGCCGCGGCCGAACAGACCGGCUCCACUAUCGUCGACCUCAAUGCCGCCAGUCUCAAAUACGUCAAUGCCAUUGGCAAUACAGCGGCACAGGUAUAUAAUUAUGGCGAUGAUAGGAAGGACCAGACGCAUCUAAACCCGUGGGGGGAGGUUGUGUUUGGAAGGAUGGUGGCGGACUUGGUGGUCGAGGCUGUGCCGGCAGUAGGGGAUUCGAUCGUAAGGAAUGAGACGAUGACUGCGUUGAUCAAUGAUGGGAAGCCGGUUUGA